CAUAAGUUACCACGAGCACCUUUAGUGGGAGAGAAAAGCGAGGCUAUAAGAGGAAACAUGGCAUAUACUUUACGAGAGGCCAUCAUUAUGGACCUAGCUCACAGUCCAUGGUAGAGCUUCGACCUUGAAUCUUUAGGGGUCUCAACUUCUUUAUUGGUGUUCAGCUUCUUUCUUCUAUCUAGGAAUUGUUUGGCUUUUGAACUUUCUUUAUUUCUUCUUGGGUCACGUGCGUGGCCCAAUGUGGCAUGUUCCAAAGUUGAGCUAGAAGCUUGGGCCUCUACACACGCCCUGGUUCCGAGUACAGUAUCCACCACACCUCCUCCCAAGAGGCGUGGGUCAUAUGUGGAUACCUCUGUUGUGGAACCUCCUUAGAUAAAAGAUAUGCGUGUCACAGAAUCUGGGCAUCUUGAGUAUUACUUGGAGUAUAUUGACUAUACUGAAGAAGCCAACGAAUGGAUUGGAGUCUUCCAAAAGAACCCAUUCAACCAGGCAUGCCUGGAAGAGAAAUCAAAUGGCAGUACUGAAAUAAUGUUGCGUCCUUCCUUUCCUCGGUGGUAUAGGGGGCAACAAGCUCCUAAGCACUUUCCGAAGAGCGAGGUGAUAGCACGUGUCCAUGAUACCUGGAAAGUAGGUGAUUGGGUUGACUGGCAUAAUAAAGAUUGCUACUGGACUGGGCAGAUUAUUGAGCUGACCAGUAAAAAUGUGGUUGAGGUAAAAUUCUUGGAUCAUCCCAUGGGUGAAGGCCAGCAGUGUCUUGCUAAGAAAAAGGACCUGAGGCCUGCGCUUGAUUGGUCCAUCAUUAAAGGCUGGACUGUACCUCUUUCGGCCGCAAAAGGGAAAAGCUGGCAAGCUGCUCAUCUGGUUCAUCCUAAAUCUGAUGUAGAAGAGAGGAGCAGCACAGAUGAAGAUGAAGCGCUGGGAUCUUCAUCAACUGUCAAAACACAUUCGUCGGACAGAAACAUCGUAUCUAAGCUAAGAAAUCAGAGGAUGGCGACACACGAAUCAUCAGACCCCAGUCGACGGCGUACCCGCAGUUCCUGUGGGCUACUGAUAUCUCCAUCGGAGCCUGCCACCGUCGAAUCGAAUGGAAGCGGUUCCCGCCGGUACCCCUUUCGGGUCCGGAGGAACGCAGCGGAACAGCAGAGAUGAAGCUGGUAACGCCGCACACUUGAUGACCCCCACGGGGUUUUACGAGCAUUAUGGGAUAUACUUAGUGAUAUAUACCACAUGAGCUCUAUAUACAUCGAAAAUGGCCGAUCGCUGUCUUUGCGGAAUCGGCCACAUAGGCAUCUGGGCCAUGAUCCAUUGACUGGCUGUUACUUGGCAGGAGUUGCAUACUUAAGGCUGGUUGUUACUUGGGCUUGCGUUGUCUCAUGUGGUUCUGAACCUCUGGGUCCGAAUCAGACUGAACAAAUGCUAAGCCCCGUGAUGAAAAAGGAAAACAAUAUACUUCUGUUUUUUUUACAGAACUGACACAAGUAUUAAACGAGCAAAUGGUACAGAAUCA